AUGGAUAUCUUCAUGCCAUUGGCAAUUUGCGUUAUCAUCGUUAUAAUAUUUACAAUUUGUGGUUGGUGCUGCAAAAGAAAACGGGAGGGUACAGUUUAUGGAUUCGGCCCAUCAGUGACAGUGACGACCACCACUACCCAGCCCACGCAGUCCCCAAUGGUGGUGCCGCCCUACCCCAUAGACGCCCGUCAUCCGACCCCGCACGUGGCCGCCCCUGGCAUGGGCUUCGCCGCCCACCAGCCGCCCUACCCGACGCAGCCCGCCCAUCCCACGCCCUACAACCAGACAGUUACUCACUAUGGUCCGCUUCCUCCACCCAUGGGUAUAACAGGUUAUCCGACGUAUAAUAAUGGUGCCCAUCACUACCCGGCUGCCGCCCCAUACCCGCCCACUGUCGCUCCUUACCCGCCCGCUGCCGCCCCCUACCCCCCUACGGACUACAACGCCCACCCGCCCCCGUACGAUGUUGCCGUCGCCUCGCCGCCGCCCGGCCAACCGGCCCUGCAGAAGGAGGGAUACGGGAAGCAGGCGCCCUACAACCCCCACUACAAUUAG